AGCAGGGCUGCGCUGACGUCACUGGGCGCGCAAUUUCGGCUGGAGCGCUUUAAAAAAGGAUCGUGCGAGCGGAGAUGCUGCUGCACACAGCUCAGACCGCCUGCAGCAGCACCGCUCUCCACCACUGCGGCGGCUGCAGCGAAUCCCUCCCGAGGCCGGCGUGUUCCGCUCGGGACCUUCGCCUCUGCAGACGCCAGCGGGCUUGCAGACGCCUGCGAGACGCCGGGGACCUCAGUAUGAACAACAUCAGUCAGCUGCCCCCGAGUCUGCUGCACAGCCUCCGCUUCCUAGAAGAGUUACGUCUUGCUGGAAAUGCUUUGACACACAUUCCCAAGGGAGCAUUCACGGGCCUUUACAGUCUUAAAGUUCUUAUGCUGCAGAAUAAUCAGCUAAGACAGGUACCCACAGAAGCUCUACAGAACUUGCGAAGCCUCCAAUCCCUGCGUCUGGAUGCCAACCACAUCAGCUACGUGCCACCCAGCUGUUUCAGUGGCCUGCACUCCCUAAGGCACCUGUGGCUGGAUGACAACGCUCUGACAGAAAUCCCUGUCCAGGCUUUCAGAAGUUUAUCUGCAUUGCAAGCCAUGACCUUGGCCCUGAACAAAAUACAUCACAUACCAGACUAUGCCUUUGGAAACCUCUCCAGCUUGGUAGUUCUGCAUCUCCACAACAACAGAAUCCACUCCCUGGGAAAGAAAUGCUUUGAUGGGCUCCACAGCCUUGAGACUCUAGAUUUAAAUUAUAACAACCUGGAUGAAUUCCCCACUGCAAUCAGGACACUCUCCAACCUUAAAGAACUAGGAUUUCACAGCAACAAUAUCAGGUCAAUACCUGAGAAAGCAUUUAUAGGCAACCCUUCUCUUAUUGCAAUACAUUUCUAUGAGAACCCCAUUCAAUUUGUUGGAAUAUCUGCUUUUCAGCAUUUACCGGAACUAAGAACACUGACUUUGAAUGGUGCCUCACAAAUAACUGAAUUUCCUGACUUGACUGGAACUGCCAACCUGGAGAGUCUGACUUUAACUGGAGCAAAAAUCUCAUCCCUUCCUCAAACUGUCUGUGAUCAGUUACCUAAUCUCCGAGUGCUAGAUUUGUCAUAUAACCUGCUAGAAGACUUACCCAGCUUCUCAGGCUGCCAGAAGCUUCAGAAAAUUGACCUGCGACACAAUGAAAUCUAUGAAAUUAAAGUUGGCACUUUCCAGCAGUUGCUUAGCCUCCGAUCUCUGAACUUAGCUUGGAACAAAAUUGCCAUUAUUCAUCCCAAUGCAUUUUCUACUUUGCCAUCUCUAAUAAAGCUGGACCUAUCGUCCAACCUCCUGUCGUCUUUCCCUAUAACUGGGUUACAUGGUUUAACUCACUUAAAAUUAACAGGAAAUCAUGCCUUACAGAGCUUGAUAUCAUCUGAAAACUUUCCAGAGCUCAAGGUUAUUGAAAUGCCUUAUGCUUACCAGUGUUGUACAUUUGGGGGGUGUGAGAAUGUCUAUAAAAUUUCAAAUCAAUGGAAUAAAGAUAACAGCAGUGUGGAUGACCUUAAUAAGAAAGAUGCUGGGAUAUUUCAAGUUCAAGAUGAGCGUGACCUUGAAGAUUUCCUGCUUGACUUUGAGGAAGACCUGAAAGCCUUUCAUUCAGUGCAGUGUUCACCUUCUCCAGGUCCCUUCAAGCCCUGUGAGCACCUAUUUGGUAGCUGGUUGCUCAGAAUCGGAGUGUGGACCAUAGCAGUUUUGGCACUUUCUUGUAAUGCCUUGGUGAUUUCAACGGUAUUCAGAAGCCCUCUGUACAUUUCUUCCAUAAAACUAUUAAUUGGGGUAAUUGCGGUGGUGAAUAUGCUCACAGGGGUCUCCAGUGCGGUGCUGGCUGCUGUGGACACAUUCACUUUUGGCAGCUUUGCACAACAUGGUGCAUGGUGGGAAAAUGGGAUUGGUUGUCAAAUCAUUGGUUUCUUGUCCAUUUUUGCUUCGGAAUCAUCUGUUUUCAUGCUCACUCUGGCAGCCCUGGAGCGUGGGAUUUCUGUCAAGUGUUCUUCAAAGUUUGAAAUGAAAACUCCCUUUUCUAGCCUGAAAGUGAUCGUUUUGCUCUGUGUCCUGUUGGCCCUGACCAUUGCCACAGUCCCUUUGUUGGGUGGCAGUGAGUACAAUGCCUCCCCACUCUGCCUACCCCUACCCUUUGGGGAGCCCAGCACGCCAGGUUACAUGGUGGCUCUCGUCUUGCUCAACUCCCUUUGCUUCCUCAUAAUGACUGUUGCCUACACCAAGCUCUACUGCAAUUUGGAGAAGGGAGACCUGGAGAAUAUUUGGGACUGUUCUAUGGUGAAACACAUCGCCCUAUUGCUCUUCACCAACUGUAUCCUUUACUGCCCUGUGGCUUUCUUAUCCUUUUCCUCUUUGCUAAACCUCACAUUUAUCAGUCCUGAAGUAAUUAAGUUUAUACUUCUAGUGAUUGUCCCACUUCCCGCAUGUCUCAAUCCCCUUCUCUACAUCCUCUUCAAUCCUCACUUUAAGGAGGAUCUGGACAGCCUAGGAAAGCAAACCCAUUUCUGGACAAGAUCAAAACACCCAAGUCUGCUAUCUAUUAACUCUGAUGAUGUCGAGAAACAGUCUUGUGACUCAACCCAGGCCUUGGUAGCCUUUACCCAUGCCAGCAUAGCCUAUGACCUGCCUUCCAAUUCUGGGUCAUCACCAGCUUAUCCAAUGACCGAAAGCUGUCACCUUUCUUCGGUAGACUUUGUCCCAUGUCUUUAGUUAAUAUGUGAGAGGAAAAGUUUUCAAAAGUUGGACACCUGAAAAUGUGAGAUUGAAGACAUCAGAGCAACAGCUAAGAAGAGCUGAGCUGAAAUCUACUUUAAAACCCAAUAAACAUCUCUAAGUCAAUGUGGAAAAGGCUGGUGAUACCUACUGAUACUUGAGAGUGACAUAUACGUCUAAAAGCUGCUUGUAUGAUUUGUUCAGCCAGAAGUAAAUCUGCCAAGUUACUUAGGCGAGCCCAGGUCAAAAAAGCAAAUUGAAAUGUUUUUUAAAAAUAAAUUUGGUUUUAGUUACAUUCUCUUUAAACUCACCAACAUAAUCUAACUCGUGUUGGGAGAAUUCGUUUGAUGACAAAAUGGGAGUAGUUAAAUCUCCAAGUUCCUCAAAAGAUGAUUAGAAGUAUAAGGAAAAAUAAAAAAUUUAAUAGGAUACAUUACCCAUAGGCCUUCAUUUUAAUGGCCCCAUGGAGAUAUUUUCAUCUUCUUUUUUCUUUUGUCAAAAGAGUCUGUCCAAGUCACCAAUUUCUUGGAUAGAUAAUGUAAGACAUUGUUAACUCACUCAUACAUAAUUUUAGGAGCUACUGGGUUUUAUAAAUAAGCAUUCAAUGCUUCCACCCUCAAUGGAAUAAAACUAGCUACAGAUAUUUUGAAAGGAAAAUUCACAAAAAUUCUUAAAUUGUUGUUAAGGCAAUCAUAUACAGGUGAAAUUUGUCUUAUCUAAUUCAUUUCUAAAUUCCUGGUAUCCAAAGCUCAGAAAGUUCAUUGCCGGCAAUGGACCUACCUAGAAAAGAUAGGAAGCACUUGUGGGAUUUUGUUUCCAAGUGGGUGCACAGUUUUUGCAAGAGAUUUUAUCAUUGACUUAAAUGGUUAUGCGUCUUAAGAUAAUCAAAUGCAAACGCAGCAUAAGUCCACUAUGCAAUGUCACACAGCUCUCUCUAAUAACUCUAGCAGCAAUGUCUGGCAAUACUUGGGACUCAACAGAAGCUGGGUAAAGUGUUAUUCUGUCUAUUUAGCUUGGUUUUAGCUAUGUCCUUUUUGGAGCAAGCACUUAAUAUGAGAAACAUUAUUUCUUUGCUUAUUCAUAUUACCACAGGUGUUAAAUAUUUUAAGACACAAACUAUUAAAUAUUAAAAGUCAAAGGGUUAAUUCAUAUCUUCUGUGAUCCUACAUUAGCUUCAUUGCACCCAAACCAAAAGACUGUUAAGGUAGAUUUAUUUUUAUAUAAGCAUGUUUUAUUUUGAUCAGAUGUUUUAACUUGGAAUUUUUAAAAAUACAUUUAUGAGAUGUUUUAUAAGAUAUGUACAUAUAGAACUGUAUUUAUUACUACAGUAAAGAUUCAGUGACAUUAAAGAACAUGAUAAUAAACCAUGUACAGUGACAUAUUCUUCUUAUAUAUUGUUUCUCUGUCCAUUUUCUUUAACUCCAUUAGUUGUAAAUAAUAUAUGUAUAUAUAUAGUACUUGUAAAUAGAUUCCAAAUUUGCUUUUCUA